CCCUUUUGCCAAAGCUAGAUCCUCCCCCUGAUUAUACGGUCGCCAAGUGCUUUACAAGAAAAAUGGAGGCUCUACAACCGUUCAAGAAUCUCAUCCACUUUGCUUCCUUGAGGUCUAGCCGAGCUAUACAAACCCGAAACCCUUCUUGUUGUUUUAUUGUCCGUUGCUGCUCUUCUCCUUCUGGCGUUCCGACCUCUACCGUCCGCGACAGAGCAGCUAGCAGUAACCGGCGGUACUCGUCAAACCCCAACCCAUCCACCUCUGACAAAGAAGCCAUUCGCUCCAUCCGCAUAAAAAAGGUGCAGGAAUUACGAAAUAAGGGUUUAGAACCCUAUGCUUACAAGUGGGAUCGAACUCAUACUGCUAAUCAGUUGCAAGAGAUUUAUAGAGAUCUAGUGAAUGGUGAAGAGUCAAACAGUGAGAAUGAUUUUGUCUCAAUAUCAGGAAGAAUUGUGGCCCGGAGAACUUUUGGAAAGCUUGCUUUUUUUACUAUGCGAGAUUACUCUGGGACAAUUCAGCUCUACUGUGAGAAGGAAAGGCUCAACGGUGAUCAAUUUGACCAGUUGAAGACACUCGUUGAUGUAGGAGAUAUUUUGGGUGCUUGUGGUUCAAUUAAACGGACUGAGAAAGGGGAGCUAUCAGUUUGUGUGAAUUCAUUCUCAAUUCUUACAAAGUCCCUACUUCCAUUGCCGGACAAGUAUCAUGGCCUAACAGAUGUAGAUAAGCGCUAUCGGCAGAGGUAUGUAGAUAUGAUUGCAAACCCUGAGGUAGCUGAUACCCUUCGCAAGAGGGCAAAGAUUGUUUCGGAAAUUCGAAAAGCAGUUGAAUCUUUUGGCUUUGUUGAAGUCGAAACACCAGUCCUCCAGGGUGCAGCUGGUGGAGCUGAAGCUAGGCCGUUUAUUACGUACCACAAUUCUCUUGGAAGGGAUCUUUAUUUGAGAAUUGCGACUGAGCUCCAUUUGAAGCGAAUGUUGGUCGGUGGAUUCGAAAAAGUUUAUGAAUUGGGCCGGAUAUUUAGGAAUGAAGGCAUCUCGACGCGUCAUAACCCUGAAUUUACUACUAUAGAGAUGUAUGAAGCAUAUUCAGACUAUCAAAGCAUGAUGAAUAUGGCGGAAGAGAUUGUAACAAGAUGUGCUCGUGCAGUUCUGGGAGAACUCACUGUAUAUUAUCAGGGUUUAGAGAUUUGCUUAGAAAGACCUUGGAGAAGAGAGACAAUGCAUAAUCUUGUGAAAGAAGCUACAGGAAUUGAUUUUAACCAGUUUGGGGAUGAUCUUACAGUUGCUAAAGAGCAUGUUCUUCAGUUAGUCAAUGUUUUUGGGGGAGACCAACAGAAAAGCUGCAUUGAAGCAUGUCAAACUGUUGGCCAUUUGCUUAAUGAGGUCUUUGAGAUGGCAGUGGAACCAAAGCUUCUACAGCCUACGUUUGUUUUGGAUUAUCCCAUAGAAGUAUCACCAUUUGCCAAGCCCCAUAGAAGAUAUUCAGGGUUAACUGAAAGAUUUGAACUUUUCAUUUGUGGUCGUGAGCUGGCGAACGCUUUCUCUGAACUAACUGAUCCUCUAGACCAGAGAGGACGAUUGGAAGAACAAGUGAGGCAGCAUAAUGACAAAAGAGAUGUUGAAGGAAAGGAGAACAAGAAACCUGAUGACUCUUCUGAAAUCACUCUUGAUGAAGACUUUCUAACGGCUCUAGAGUACGGGAUGCCUCCUGCUUCUGGAAUGGGACUGGGCAUUGACAGGCUAGUAAUGCUUUUGACAAACUCUGCCAGCAUCCGUGAUGUUAUUGCUUUCCCGGUUCUCAAGAUCCAACAGUAAUUUAUUGAGUAUUAAUUGAAAGUUCCCUUAUUGAAGGGAAUAUUUAGUUGAAAUCAUAGGACUGAACGCUUUCGUUUUCUUCAUAGGAUCUAUGGGUACAUUAUCUUCUUAUGGAUGCAACGAAAUUACUUUGAAUGAUGAUUCUCAUUCUUCUGUCCAUUAUACUGUUUUUUUGUAUAACAGAUCGACUUUUCUGAUCAAGCAACGUUUUAUUUACACUACUGCUGUACUGCACACAUAAGCCUUCCCAAAGUAGAUGUGAAAGGGUUGUGGUGCCGAGCUUACAUUGUUUGAUCAUUAUUGCCUUGUUUGCAUGUUGUUUAUGUUUAAAAAAUGUUUUUAAACAAUAUAAGCACCCAAAUUAUCCUCUAUUUUCAUGAGAGAAGUUCAAGAGGUACUGACUGCUGACUACUGAAUAUGCAAGUAAAAAGGCAUCUGUAUUUCUACAAUACCCAUUAUUAGUGGACUAUUCCGGUCCACAUACUAGCUGGUCCUUGCCUAAUUAUACUAGGGACAUGGACCUAUAAUACCGGUUCCGGGCUGGUCCCGAACUUGCGAGUUCCAGUCUGGUCGUGUGUUUUUUGGUUUAACUUUUUUAUUAGAGGUGUAUACUCCCUCCGUACCAUUUAGAUCUUUACACUUUUUUUUGCGUCACAUUUAGACCUUUACACUUUUCUUGUUUUCUUUUUAGGAUGUACCUUUUGAAUCUUUACGUUUCCUUUUUGGUAAUUCUUUUUAAUUUAACUUGCCCAAAUUACUCUAUACUGCUCACUCACAUUUUACAAAACCUUCUUGUUUUAUUCUCCGCACAAAAUCUCCAGGAUACCAUCCUCUUCUAGAUGUGUCACCAUUGCUGUGCAAAGGUGUGCUGAACACUGGUUGCUGAAAAUCGUGAGCUUUACCCAUAAUUUCAUCAUCGUUGGCUCGUUGCAUUCAUCUCGUAGCUUGUGAUAAUGAAACUCAUCCAGCCUGCUCCUUCCCCUGUCGGCUGUCGCAGAUGCGUUGUGAUUUUGGAGAUCUGGAUACGUCCUCACUUCUUGGGCGGCAGCCACAAGAUCGCGUCGCCAGUCACUGCCCCUCCAUUGAAGUUCUACCAGUCAGCUAAUGGCACAAUUGCACACAGUUGUGGUUCUCAUCCAUGGAAUUGCAAAACACAAUGAAAAACUCACGGACACAUGACUCCAUCCAUGAAAUUGCAAAUCGUAAGAGCUAUGGAUACGAAUACGCCGAUACGCGAAUACGGGUGGAUGUCAAGUCAAAUUCAAAAUCAUGGAGCCCAGAGGGGGAGUGUGAAAAGGGUUGCCGGCUUCUUGAGACCGGAGGUUCUGGGAAGAGGUUCUCGGAAAAGUUUGGGAAGAGGUUCUAGGAAGAGGUUCUGGGAAGUCUGAGAUUGGAGGUGGUUCUUGAAGACAGAGUGGAGCCUAGAGGUUCUGAAGAGUCUGGAUUGAAAUCAAUUUCUUGGAGAAAGAACAUAGUCUGAAAACUAAAGGGAUGAAGAUGAAAGUGUAAUACAGACAGAUGAAGACAAGUUAUAUUUUAUUCUAUCUUGUCCAGUUAUAGUGCUUAAUAGGCAAAAAUUAGUUGUAACGACGUCAUACUAAUAUUUAUUCACUAGCUAUGGUUUAUGAAUUAGUCCUGGGAAGUUACAGAUGUAAUCAAGUUUCUGAAUGACUAAACUUUGUUUUUAUUGAAGUUGUAUAAUUCUAGCAUGAACUCAUUCAUGUGUCCUUGUUUUUACUACCAAAACCGUGAAGCAUCAUACGAUGUACAUUUUAAUUUUUGCACAUCUGUAAUAGCAUAUCAC